AUGUGCCCUGGGAUCUCUGAUGACUUGCUCACCAUUGAUGACUCUAGGAAGACCGCCAUCAUCGACAGAGAACUCACCAGAAUGGACAUUUGCAUCGCCGCCCUCCAAGAAACUAGAUUAUCAUCUAGCGGUUCCCUCAGGGAAGAAAACUACGCUUUCUUCUGGAAAGGGAGGGAGCCAGAACAGCCACGGCAACAUGGAGUGGGUUUUGCUGUUAAGAACACCUUGCUCGCCUCCAUCGAACCCCCCACAGGUGGCACGGAGCGCAUCCUUACACUUCAUCUUAACUCAGCUACAGGUCUCAUCCCCAUUUACAGCGUCUAUGCACCGACUCUGGGCGCUUCCGAUGAAGACAAAGACAUCUUCUACGAUCAGCUGGACAGUUUGCUUGGCGGGAUCCCCAAGGUUGAGCCUAUCCUGCUCCUCGGUGACUUCAAUGCCAGAGUUGGGACAGACCAUCAGUCAUGGUCGUCUUGCAUUGGACACUAUGGCACUGGGAAGAUGAACGACAAUGGACAGAGAUUGCUAGAGCUCUGCUCCUAUCAUAACUUGUGCAUCACGAACACCUUCUUCCAGUCUAAAUCCCAGCACAGGGUGUCAUGGAUGCACCCCAGGUCCCGUAGGUGGCACCAACUCGACCUUGUGAUCACUAGACGCUCCCUGCUGAUCAGCAUACUAGGAACACGCAGCUACCACAGUGCAGACUGCGACUCAGACCACGCCCUAGUAUGCAGCAGAAUGAGAUUCCUCCCCCGCAAGCUACAUCGCUCCAAACCCCCAGGUCGGCCUCGUAUCAACAUAGCCAGGAUUGGUGAUUGCCAGCGCAGGGAGGAAUUUUUUAACAGCCUUGAGAAUGCCCUCAAAGAUCUUCCAGAGCAGGAUGCCAUGGGACGAUGGAAGUCCAUCAGGGAUACCAUUUACGAUGCCGCCAUUGCCGCCUUUAGAAAGAAGGAGGGAAAGAAUCCUGACAGGUUUAACGCCAACCUCCAAGAACUUGAACCUGUCCUUGCUACCAAGCGCUCAGCUCUUCUCGCCUACCAAAAGUCACCAUGCGAGAAGACGCUCUCAGCUUUGAGGACGACACGAAGCAAUGCUCAACGUAUAGCCCGACGCUGCGCCAACGACUACUGGCUGCAGCUGUGCGAGAGCAUCCAGCGCUCAGCCGACUGUGGAAAUGUGCGUGGCAUGUACGAUGGCAUCAAAAAGGCAGAUGGCCCCACGGUCGAGAAGACCGCCCCACUCAAGUCCUCCACUGGGGAGACGAUCACUGACCGCAACCACCAGAUGAGGAGAUGGGUGGAGCACUACUCAGAGCUUUACUCUAGUGUAACUGUUGUCACCGAAUCCGCCAUCAACGCCAUCAGUGACCUGCCCGUAAUGGAAAAGCUUGACGCCAUUCCCACUGUUGAUGAACUUGCCAAAGCAAUCGACUCGCUGAGCUGCGGCAAAGCCCCAGGAAGUGACGGCAUCCCACCAGAAGCCAUCAAAUGCGGGGAGACCACCCUACUCCAGCCACUGCACGAUCUUCUGCUUUUGUGCUGGGAGGAAGCAGCAGUGCCACAAGACAUGCGAGAUGCAUCCAUAGUCACCCUUUACAAGAACAAGGGCGACCGGAGUGACUGUAACAACUACAGAGGCAUCUCUCUGCUGAGCGUGGUUGGAAAGGUCUUUGCUCGCCUAGCCCUAAACCGUCUCCAGACCCUUGCAGCAAGGAUCUACCCCGAGUCUCAGUGA